GAGUGGGCGGCCGCUAAGGGUAGUUAGGAGUCUGGAGUCGUGAGCCGGAGUCAGAACUGCGUCUCGCGACCCAGGCGCCGGUUUCCGGAGGAGAGCCAGCAAGCGAUGCUGCCGCUGCCGUUUCCUGAUUGGUUGUGGGUGGCUACCUCUUCGUUCUGAUUGGCCGCUAGUGAGCAAGAUGCUGAGCAAGGGUCUGAAGCGGAAACGGGAGGAGGAGGAGGAGAAGGAACCUCUGGCAGUCGACGCCUGGUGGCUAGAUCCUGGCCACGCAGCGGUGGCACAGGCACCCCCGGCCGUGGCCUCUAGCUCCCUCUUUGACCUCUCAGUGCUCAAGCUCCACCACAGCCUCCAGCAGAGUGAGCCGGACCUGCGGCACCUGGUGCUGGUGGUGAACACUCUGCGGCGCAUCCAGGCGUCCAUGGCACCCGCAGCUGCCCUGCCACCUGUGCCCAGCCCACCUGCAGCCCCCAGUGUGGCUGACAACUUACUGGCAAGCUCGGACGCUGCCCUGUCAGCCUCCAUGGCCAGCCUCCUGGAGGACCUCAGCCACAUUGAGGGCCUGAGUCAGGCUCCCCAACCACUGGCAGACGAGGGGCCACCAGGCCGUAGCAUCGGGGGAGCAGCGCCCAGCCUAGGUGCCUUGGACCUGCUGGGCCCAGCCACUGGCUGUCUACUGGACGAUGGGCUCGAGGGCCUGUUUGAGGAUAUUGACACCUCUAUGUAUGACAAUGAACUUUGGGCACCAGCCUCUGAGGGCCUCAAACCAGGCCCUGAGGAUGGGCCGGGCAAGGAGGAAGCUCCGGAGCUGGACGAGGCCGAACUGGACUACCUCAUGGAUGUGCUGGUGGGCACACAGGCACUGGAGCGGCCGCCGGGGCCAGGGCGCUGAGCCCUCGUGCUGGGAUGGUUGUCUGGUAUCUGAACUGAGCUUGCUGGCUGGACCAACUGUCCUCGAAAAGACACAGCUGGCUUCUCUAGUACAGAGAACAGGGCUUGGGCCACUUUGGAGAGACAGAAUCCAGUCCUGGGCAACUUCACAUCCGUCCUCCUGUCUCAGGGCUGGCAGGGGAGCCUGGGAUUACCCCCUAGUGAUGGAAUGACAGGGUCUGGUGGGGACUGAAUUCCCUGGCCCUGGGGUCAUAGCUUGGGCUGUUCCUUCUCUGAUAUGGGAAGAGACCCCAAUCAGAUUUUUCAAAUUAAAGCCAGUCCUGAGAAAUCUCAAA